CAAUGGACAGAUAAUCUGGUGCCGCAUAGGAGUUUCCUUAGGACGGAUGUUAGGGUUUCCUUGCGGACCUUUCCAUCUCCUUCACGACUAUAUAUAUCUCUCAUCCGGUCCAUAUUCUCCCAUUCUCCCUAAAUUGGUUUCCAAGAAACCUCUGUUGCGUUCUCUUGCAGGAUAUAUUAAAUUCAACUGAAGUUGUCAGCAGUGCUUUCCACAAUUUUUAUCUGUCAAAGUGGAGGGAGUUAAGUGCAGGCCAUCUUUUAUGUCUGAACCGGAGUCUCUCUUUUUGGGAUCAAUUGGGUUACUUGGAGAAUAUUGUCCAACAUUUAGAAAAAAACAUAUAUGCUUGUUGGAAGAUUUUGCUUAUUUGCAUCUUGAGCCUUUUCUAGAGAUCACUAUUAUCCAAGGUUGCAAUUCAGAGCCGUUUUCCACUGUAGUCACUUCUCAAUACUGCACCGAGGAAAAUAGAGUCGUAGUGUCUUCUGUGAUUGCCUGAUAUUUGGUGUUGGAGUUCCUAUCUAGUGGUGUCUUUAUAGGCAAAGAUGGCUUUGCAGAAUAUAGGUGCUUCAAAUAGUGAUGAUGCCUUCUAUCGUUAUAAGAUGCCAAAGAUGAUAACCAAAAUAGAGGGUCGUGGGAAUGGUAUCAAGACCAAUGUUGUGAACAUGAUAGACAUUGCAAAGGCCUUGCACAGACCAGCCUCUUACACAACUAAGUAUUUUGGCUGUGAGCUUGGUGCCCAGUCCAAGUUUGAUGAUAAAACUGGUACUUCACUGGUUAAUGGGGCUCAUGACACUGCCAAAUUGGCUGGCCUUUUAGAGAACUUCAUAAAGAAGUAUGUGCAAUGCUAUGGUUGUGGUAAUCCUGAAACUGACAUAAUAAUCACAAAAACCCAGAUGAUCACCCUCAAAUGUGCUGCGUGUGGAUAUGUUUCUGAUGUGGACAUGAGAGAUAAGCUCACUACUUUUAUUAUUAAGAACCCACCAGAGCAGAAGAAGUCAUCAAAAGAUAAGAAGGGCAUGAGACGUGCUGAGAAAGAAAGGCUCAAGGAAGGGGAUGCUGCAGAUGAAGAACUGAAGAAGCUGAAGAAAGAAUCCAAGAAAAAAGGUGCUGUGUCAUCCAAAGAAGGGGCAAGCUCAAAACGUGCUACAUCCAAGAAGAAGCCAACAGGCUCAGAUGAAGAGCAUUCUUCCCCUCCAGAUAGUCAAGCUGAUGACAACGAGGCAGCUGAAGAUGAUGGUGUACAAUGGCAAACUGAUACGUCUGCUGAAGCAGCUCGACAGCGCAUCCAGGAACAACUUAGUGCUGCUACUGCUGAAAUGGUCAUGCUUUCGACAGAUGAUGUAACCGACAAGGCAGUGAAGAAAGACGAAGCCACAAAAUCAGUAGCUAAAGAAAUAGAGAAACCUACCACAAAUGACAGACUCAUAAUAGAGAUCAAGAAUAUGUUGAAGAAAGGGUCUAAUUCUGGUGAAGUUGGUUCCUUUCUGAGUUCUCUUGCUGGUUCUCAUCAGGAGAUUAUGGAUGCAUUCUUUGAGGCCAUGUUUGAGGGUGUGGGCAAAGGGUUUGCAAAAGAGGUUGAGAAGAAGAAAAACUACCUUGAUGCUGCAGUGGAGGGUGAGGAAUCACAGCUAUGUCUUCUGCGGGCUAUUGAAACAUUCUGUGGGAAAUGCUGUGGGGAUGCAAUGAAGGAAGUUGCUCUGGUGAUCAAAUGCCUUUAUGAUGGAGAUGUAUUGGAGGAAGAAUGCAUAGUGAAAUGGUAUGAACAAGGUCUGACUGGUGCAAACAAGAGCUCGAUUGUUUGGAAGAACAUGAAGCCUUUUGUCGAGUGGCUCCAGAACGCCGAGUCAGAGGAGGAGGAGUAAUUAUGAUCCUGAAGCUUAUGCUAGUCUCAAUUUCAUCUGGCGGUGUUCAGCUAAUCUACUUUGUGUUGUCUAUUUCAUGCAUGUAGUUUGUGUCUUAAACUUGGUAAGUUUUAAUUCAUGUUUCCAGUGCUUGGUUGUUGUGCAAGUACUUCAGUUGUAUGGGGUUUGGUGUUUUGCUUUGAGCCAUCAGUGUCUUGAAUUGUUGUAUUGAACAAUCUACUUUACCGUGUGCUUUAUGUAUUUGUUUCCUUUAUCGUGGAUCA